CCACAGAUCACAGAUUAACUGAUUUACCAUGGCAACUAGAGCCGCGUACUUUUCCCCGUCGGAAGCACAAAUCCUCAUGGAGGCAUACGAGGAGGUAAAAGAUAUAAUUAAGAAGAAAGGCAACACCGCCACAGUGAUAAAGCAAAGAGAAAAAGCGUGGCAAAGUAUUGCAGACCGCCUGAAUGCGUAAGUAGUGCACAAUUACACACUCACCGCUCCGCUGAAACAUCACAAUUACAAUUCAAAUAUUUAAUUCACAUCUCCAAAAAUGCAGUUGUACUGUAAUUAUGAAACGGUUAAAUGUUUAAUUGAAAUGCACUGCAGAUAUGAGUGAAAUUGUGUAAAGUAACUCCAUCACACUGUAUAAAGCUAUGAUAAAUUUUUUGAUAUUUUUACUGAAAACAAGACAAAAAUACCAAGUAAUUUUUUGCAGUGUGUGUGUGUGUGUGUGUGUGUGUGUGUGUGUGUGUGUGUGUGUGUGUGUAGAUUAAACAUGAACGGGCCAAAACGGACAUGGCAGCUGGUCAAAAUCAAAUACAAGAACAUUCUGCAGAAUGCAGUGAAAAAGAAUACCCACCGACAAGGCACGGGUGGUGGGUCACCAAAGGCUGACCUUACCCCAGCAGAGGACAUGGCCUUGGAGCUAAAUAAAGGCAGGCCCGUCUUAGAGGGGAUCCCUGGGGGGAAAGAGACGAGCAUAGGUUCCUCCCAAGAUGCCACCCGCUUCAUUCAAGUGUCUGGCAGCACUGUGUUCCUGUUAGAGCCACCAGCACAAGCACCAGACGAUGCUGAUCCAGGUGAAGGCCCCAGUGCAACAGCACAUGAUGGAGACGAUGAUGAGGAGGAGACCAUCUCUCUGGAUUCCAGAAGGCAUGAGGACCCAGAUGCUAUACAGUGGGAAAACCAGCCUGGCAACAUAAGCUCACAAGCUAUCAGAAAGUUGUAUGGCAACCACCUCCGGCGCCAAAUAGAACUGGCAGACAUAGACAUUCAGUACAAGAAGAAAAAGAUGGAAAAUCUUGCACUGGAGUCCGAAAUAAAAAAGAGGACAAUUAGGAAACUGGACCUUGAAAUAAAAAACUUGAGAGGGAGCUCCAAGAAGAUGACACAGCUCAAAAUAAAAAUUAGGUAUAUUCUCGUAAAGUCAAGUGAGCCAUGACAUAUGAGCUCUUAUU